UAAUCAAUUAUCUAAUCAAAAUCAAUUAAAAUUUCGUUUUUAUUUUUUAAUUUAUUUAUACAUUUUAUUCAUUAAGGGUAUAAACGAUAUUAACCACUUUAACUUUCAACGUGAGAGCUUCAUUGCAAAAAUUUACUUCGCAAAUAAUAGUAUAGAUAUUUUUUGUUUUUAUUAAGUCAAUUUCAUCAAUUAUUUAAUUUGAUUACAAUCUAAUAGUACUUUCUUUCUGACAGCCUUAUACAGUUUAUAUUUAUUUUUUCAAUUGAUCCCUUAUAUGUCUUAUGUUUUAAUUAAAUAAUGCUUUCUCCGUUUUUAAUAGAUGACAUAUUAUGAUUAUACGUAUUAAUUUAGAAAAUAUUUAAUUAUUAGUUUUUUUAGAUAAAAUAAUAAUUAAUUAUUUAUCUAACCACAAUUUAAAAAAUAAUAAAAUAGAAUGUAUAAUCUCAUUGGUCAUAUUACACUAAUUGUUAAUAAAGUUUAUAAAAAUUAAGAACAUUAUCUAUUUUAAAAUUAAAAAAAGAAUCUCUAAAUUGUCAAGUAUUAAAAAAGGAAGAAUUAAUGGUUUAGUGAUUUUCACAUGAAACAGAAACAUGUUGUUUUUACAUGGAUUAUAAUUUUUUUAAUGUAAGGAACAUAUAUUUAUCCUCAGCAUGAGUGUAGUUAUCGUCUAUCUGAUUAAUUUGUUUGUUCGUGUAAUUAAAAAUAAAAUGCUGUUUUAGUUUAAUUUUAAUAAAAUAUGACUUUAAAACGUCUAGAACAUUGUGGUUAAGAAGUAAAGAUGGAUUUGGAACGCCAAUAUAUUUUAAGUUUGAUUUAUGUGUUGUGCGAAAUUAAAUCGCAUUACUUAUAGAUACUCAUACUAGUAUUAAUCUUUGUUUUUUGGUCUAUUUGCAUAUCCAGCUUAAAAAUAUAUACGCAAACUGAAUUUAAAAAUAAAUAACUUAAACUUUUCCAUAAAUUUGAAACAAUUCCUUGUUAAUAACGAAAAAUGCACUUUAAAUAGAGAUAGAAAAUGAAAAAAUUCUAACGCUUUUGACUUCAGUUCACAUUAGUCAUUUUUCUCUACAUUCAAGCGGUCUAAUAAUUAUCAGUUUAUAAUACUGAAAUAUAUAUUUAUUAUAGAUUAAUUUAUUGAGUUUAUUAACUUUUCUUCUAAACUUAAAUUCACCUUUCACCGAAAAAACUUUAUUUUUCUAUUUACUAUUGUCAAUAAAACUAGAAGGCACUAGUCUUUUGAUUGACAUUCUAUAACAUUAUUUUUUUCUCAUAAUAUUAAAGCUUAACUUGAAAGAUUACAAGGUAGAAUACGCCGGUAGGAUACAGUUGCCGGCGGACUGUAAAGAUUGACAAUCUAACAUAGCAUAAACAAUAAUCAAGGCUCCAGAAAUAAAAUUAUUUCUUUUAGUUUGAAAACAUACGGCUAUAAAUUUAUAAUCACAUUCAACCAAGAAAUAAAAAAUGUUAUGGGCUUGUGGGUUUAGCCCAGUUUGUGUUUACUGUUGGAAAUACCAAUCCAUUGGGUCUUUAGAAAUUGGUAAUUAACCCAUUUUAGGCCCAUAUCGUGUUUAGACAGUCAUGGUCAGCUCUGUGUGCCAAACACAUAGAAUGGGGUUGAAACUUGUUAUGACAUGACACUUAAAUAUUUUGGUAAAAUGAGAUUUCAAUUUGUCACAAAAACAUGACAUUUCAAUAAAUGUGGUAAUAUAUUUCCUUAACCAUUGUAUAUUCGACCUGCUAUAUUAGUCUAUAGUUACUAAUUAUCGGAAAUUAACACAUUUUUAAUAAUUUACUUUGUAAUACAUACGACACAACCGACAUGUUUGAUGUUGAUAAAAAAGGAAAAUGUUUAACAGCGGUUAACUGAACGUAUCAAUUGAGUAUAUAAUUGUUUUAAACUUUUGAUCAUUGGAAUAAGAAAUUGGGCAGAGUGAAAUCUGUUGACAGGUUUACAUGAAUACCAUUUCAAUAUAUUUAACAUUCUAUAUAUAUAUAUAUGUUAAUAUGUACAAUAUAUAUAUAAAUAUUGUGAAUAUGUUACUUUUGGUUAGAAAUUAGAAGAAUGCGAAAAGGCGAGGAAGCACGGCAUUGGUCGGUCAGGUGAGAUGGGGUCCUUUAUACUGCUCCAGUCAGUCUAUUACCCACAAGAAACCGAAGGACCAGAAAUUAAAAAGCAACUCAAUUUUUUUCAAUUAUUAUAAAAAGAAAAAUUGUCGUCUUAUUAAAAACUUUUAUUUUGUUAUAAAAAACUUAACUUUUUCUUUGUUAACAUAAAAAACUUUAAUUUUAAUUUUGGCUCUCCUAUGUUUUAAUGAUAUUUUUGCUUAAGUAUUUAAUAUUUUAGCUGUUUUUUAACGUCAAAAUUAAUUUUGAUCCUGCUCUUUUGUACCUACGUAAUUUCUUUUUCACCUGAUUCUUGUUUUAUUGGACACAUGUAGACAUACCUAUCAAACUAUACAUACACAUCAUAAUCUGACUCUCGUUAAAUUAUACAUCAGGAUAUUAUUUAAAACGAUAUAAAAUAUGGAGGUCCCGGUAUAUUUUGUAUUUUUCUUCUUCAAAUCCUGUCUUUCUAUACAUAUCUUUGAUGAUGAUGUGAUGAUACAAAAAAAGUAUAAAAUAAUAACCAUAUAAAAGAUUAUAUAUCUCAUGUCAAGUCAUAUAAAACUCUUACGUGCAUAUAUAUCCGUGCGUGUAGUAUAGUUUAAGAAAUUUUAUUUUCCCUUUAAAGGGUAGUCGUCACUUUCCUAUUUCUUUUCUACUUACAAAGAUCUUCCUCUACACAUCAAUAAGCAAAGAGAUAGAAAGAGAGAGAAUGGCGUUGUCGAUCUUGUGUCUGAAAAUGGCGUUGUGCAGCAAAAUGUCAAGCUGUCUACUGAUGUUGCUGAUUCUUAAUUCGACCCAUUUCAGUCUAAUGGCUAAUGGUAGACCAGAGCCAAACUCGCGUGAAUUCAUUAAGAGAGGAGAUCAUGAUCAGAAGAUGGUGAUGAGAGGUUUAAUAGGAUCAAGUCCACCAAGAUGUGAGAGAGUGAGAUGUCAUUUGUGUGGUCACUGUGAAGCAAUUCAAGUUCCUACUAAUCAUCAAACAAAGCUUCACUCUCCUUCUUCUUUUUCGUCCUCUGAGAUUACUAAUCUUGAUUACAUCAGAGGAGAAGACACUACUAAUUAUAAACCCAUGAGCUGGAAAUGCAAAUGUGGUAACUCUAUCUAUAACCCUUGAAGAAAUUUAUUUACUUUUAUGUACAAUUUUUCUUUUUCUUUCUUUGUUGGGACAAACUCAAAAAGCUCUGUGUACAUAUAUAUGUUUUAGUUUCUGAUAAUUCUGCGUUAUUUUGAUUAUAAUGAUGUUUACAUAUAGUGGUUAACAAAAACACAGAGAUGAAUAAAAUUCUGCGUUAUCCAAAAAUGAUUUGCUUUUAUUUAUACAACUAUUAUGGCUUCUGAUUUUACAAAAAAAAAAAAAGUGAAAGUAACCUUUAAAUAUCGACAAGUGAUAUAGUAUUGUAUUGUAUUAUUUAACAAAAAAAAAAGAUAUAGUAGUAUUGUAUUAGAAGAACACGCAUUGUGAACAGAACGCACGGAAAUCUAUUUUCAUGAUGAUUCUGACAAAUACCAAUUUUAUAGAUGAAAGCUACAUCACACGUACGUAUGCAUUAUAUAAAAUACAUUAUGCAUAUGAGAUUUAUAUUUGGAAAUAUUGUUGGCUUAUUUAAUAAAAAAGCAAAAGAUUGUUGGUUUAAUAAACAGUCAUAAAUACGUUUGGGUACAUACUACAUACAUCGGAUAUAUGAUGCGAAAAAUGAAUAAGAUGAUGAACAAAUAAUCAGCCGCUCUGCUGUCGUCAAUAACGAUUAUGCCAUCACAUUGAUUUUCGGGUUGAAUUUAGUGAAUACUGGUAAUUUUCUGUGUCCCUGGUACUUGUUUGUGUAGAGUUCAGAGUUUACUUAUAUAUAUAUAUAUAUAUAUAUAUAUAUUUUUUUUUUUUUUUGCAUACAGAGUUUCCUUAUAUUUAUUUGUAAGAGCGAGUUCUUGAAUCGAAUUUUAAAAAUUCUUAUAUGCAUAUUUAAGAAUAACUAAUAAUAUAUUUAUAUUUUAAUAUUUGGACUAUUUAGAUAGCUUAAUUUUUAUUUUUGACAUCUCUUGUGGAAACAUGUUUUCAUAUUUUCUCUUUUCAUAAUUUUAUUACUAUUUUUAGAGAUAUCUUGAAACUACAAUGAAGAUAUCCUAACUACCAUGCCUUUUAUAUAAUAAAACAUUAAAUUCUUCGGUUUCAAUACAAUGGGUCUGAUUGGUUGCAGCUGUGAUUUUAGUUUUUUGCUGUAGAAUUUAUGCUGUGUAUUUUUUUGCUGUAGCUGUAAAAUUUUUGUUGUGAUUUUGUAUGUUAUAAAACUCACAGAUUUAUUAAUAAGUUUCUAAAGCACUGUUAUUUUGCUGUGGAAAUAUUAGUGUCUACAGCCAAAAGAAAAGGAAAAAAAGAAAAGCAGCUGUAGGUUUCAAAAAUUAAAGCAAAGCUUGAUUGUUAAAUAUUGUGGCUGUAGAAAUAUUUUUUGCUGUCCACAGCAACCAAAGCACUAACCAAUCAACUUCAAUAACAUCUUUAUAUUUUCUAAAAAGAAAAUUAACUUUUUAUUUAAUAAACAUUAAAUUCCUCGGUUCCACUACAAUAACAUCUUUAUAUUUUUCAAAACGAAAAAAUCAAAGAAUCAAGAAAAACAGAACAAAAUCUAUAUAAUAUAAUAUUUGUUUUGAAAAGAAUGUCACUUUUUAUAUUUUAGAGAGAUGAAAAUGAUUAAAAUGUAUUUGUAUCCUUACUAAUUAUACUUAUUAACUAAUAUUAUUUAAGAUAAAUAGAAUUAUUUAUAAAAUUUAAUGAAUAAUUAACAGUAAAUUUAAAUUAAGUAUAAAUUGCAUUAGAAUUCUAAAACAACACUGUUUGUAUAACAAAGUAUCAAUAUAGCAUUUUUGGUAAAACAGAUGAGUAUAUUUUUGGCUUGUUUAGCAGUAUCGGAAAACCUAAUUUAAAAAUUUAAUAAAUGUACAACAAUGAUAUAAUAUAUAUAUAAUAGUGUAUAAAUUGAAACAUAUAUAAACUGCAGAAACAGUUUAAAAUUUUAGAGACUAUAAAUAAUUUGAUAAAAAUUGAAUAAUUUGUUUGAAAAAUUGGUAGAUCAAUGGCUAUAUGUAUUAACGCUUAAAAUUUUGAGAAUCCGAAACUAAUAUUUUAUUUGGCUAUCAUCACCAACUUUGAUAAAACGUAAAAUCAGCAUCAUAUAGUUAUUAUAUCUAUGUUAAGUCAAUGAUCAUUUUCUAUUUAUAUGCUACAAGUUAUAGCAUGUCUUUCGUUUCAGUCCAAUUUAGCAUUUGGAAUAUCUGCAUAAAACAUGUAGAAAUUAGAAUGAAGUUUGGACAAAGCCUAUUAUUCAUAAAGAAAAUUGAUGAGUGUGUGAGGUGAUGGGAUUGAUCAUAUAGAAAGACGAAGGGAAGUGACAAAACGAAAGAGAGAAGAUGUGUGUUUGUGUCCGUGGGGUUUAGUAAUUUCACAAAUCAAGCAAAACAAGCAGUCUUGUUUCUAUCUACUGUUUUCCUUUGAAUGACUUUACUUGCUCCAUAUUUUCUUUGUUUUCAUUUAUCACUCAAUAGUUGAAUAAUACGAAUAUAGUUGGAAAUCGGUGGAGACCUCCACCCCAAGUGUCAAUCAGAGUCAGUACAGGUCUGCCACAGUGCUACUGAUUUAACUAAUCUUCUGAACGACAACGCCGCUCCAAACAUUUUAUAUGGUAACUUAUAAAUUAUUCAUUAAUACGUAUAUAAUUUUUGUGAACAUCUAUUAUACUAUUUAUGACUGUUAUUGAAUUAUAUGGCACUGUUAAAUAGAUUAUGUUGCGAACUGAUCAUGUUACAACGGAGAAAUAAACCCUAAUGAUUUUGUUUCAAUUGCUCAGUUAAUUUGCAAUUUUCUAUGAUCGCAAAACCAUAGUUCAAUUAAUGAGUUUCUGUGGUGAACGAAGAAUUUAACUUUCGUUAAUUCCUCACUCAGCCUUUCUUAAUAAAGGGAUACUUUGGUUCAUGUGAUUAGUGUUUCAUGUCGCAAAAAUGUUUUUGCUCUCUAAUAUCAAUAUCUGUGUACGGUGUACCGCCGAUAGAUUUCAAAAUGCGACCUCCAUAAAUGCUUAUUAAAUUUGAGAAAAUUACAUUUUUUGUUUUGUUUUUAGACGAUUGAUUUCACAUAUCGCACUAUCAAUGAAGCCAAUAAAAAAUACGUGACAAAACGAAAAGACACAAAAUAAGAGACAUAGAGGAGGAAGAAAAAUGAGUUUCAGAACAUAAAAUACUUUGCCCAUUCCGAUCUCUUUUUGUUAUGUUUCUUAGUUAACUGUUUUGGCUAUCUUCUCUCUGUUGCAUCACUUCCCUGGAACUAUGGAUGGAAUACCAAUGUAAGAAAAAAGCUUUAGAGCAUCUUCAAUCUAUAACACUAUUUUAGUGUCAAAACUACACUAUUUUAGUGUAAUUUCAACACUAAAAAAUGUUCUUUUCCAACCACAACACUAAACUUCACACUAAAAAUUAUUUUAUAAUAUUAUAUGUAUUUAAUUUUUUAUUUAUCAUUUAUUUAAUUGUACAAUUUAUUAAUAAAAUAAAUGAAUAGUGUUUUAAUGGAGUGAAUAGUGUUAUAGUGUGGUGAAUAGUGUCACACCAAAUUUGGUGUAAAAUUAUAGUGUGACACUAAAAUAGUGUGAUUUUUGCAGUUGGGUUGGAGAAGGUUUUAGUGUCAAAAUCACACUAAAAUAGUGUUUUGGAAUUGAGUUGGAGAUGACCUUAGACCAUCUCUAAUGCUACUCUAUUAUUUUCUCUAUAUUUUACUCUAAAAUAAAGUAACUCUAUUAUAGAGUUGGAUUUGCAUAAAUGGUUCACUCUAUAAUAGAGUUACUCUAUAAUAAAGUGAAAUAUAGAGUAUUCUUGUUUUUUCACUCUAUAUUUGGAAUAAAAAAAUAAGAUUACUCAAUAUUUCACUCUAUUAUAGAGUAACUCUAUUAUAGACUGAACUAUUGGAGCAAAUUCAACUCUAUAAUAGAGUUAUUCUAUUUUAAUGUAUAUUAUAAAGGAAAAAAUAGAGUUCCCCUGGAGAUGCUAACCAUUGGAGAUAAAUUCAUUAAAGCACAGAGCUGACAAGGUACAUUCACGUGGAGGCUUUUUGGACAUAUCCAUAAUCAUUCUCUAUGAUCUAUUUCGACGUCCAUUGCUCCAUACAUUAUUCAUUGUUCUUCUACAACACAUGCCUUUGCUCAUCAUAAUAUAUGAGAUGGUUAAUACUUUCCACGUGAGAUAGCAUUAUUUCUUGUUUCUAGAUCAUCUCCGAAAAAACUCUCGAUUUUAGAGCAUGUCCGAAAGUUUAUAGAAUUUUUAAUUUUCCAAUUUUUUUUUUGAAACUUCAAAUUUAGAGUUUUAAGAAGUGAAAUUUCACUAUUCAAAACUCUAAAUUUGAAAUUUCAAUUUUUUAUUUGCAUCUUGAUCCUUUAAUUAAUUACACACACAUUUAUAAUUCUUAAAUAUUUUUUCAUUUAUCGUUUUAAUCUUUAAUACUUUUGUAUAUCUUAAAUAUUUCAAAUUUAUAAAUUAAAAUUUUACACAUAAAAUAAAUAAAAUUUUAAAUAAGAUUUAUAAUAUUUCAAAACUUGAAGUAGACAACAAAAAUAUUACAAAAGAAAAUUAAUAAAUAUUUUUUUUGAAAGAGAUUUCUCAUUAAUUUUAUGUGCAAUAGAUUAAAUCCAUAAACAAUAAAGUUUUAAAGCUUAAGAAUCACAAAUGUGAUGUGUAAUUAAUAAUAAAUAUUUUUAAUUUUAUGUGCAAAAGAUUAAAGAAUCACAGUAUUUUUAUUGGAAACUGUUCAAUUAAUUAGAUUUUACAGUAUAUUUUUACAGUUUCCAAUAAAAUUUUAUUGGAAUCCAAUAAAUAUUUUACAGUUUAUUGGAAUCCAAUAAAUAUUUUUACAGUUUCCAAUAAAAUUUUACAGUUUCCAAUAAAAUUAAAAAUACUGUAAAAACUAAUUGGUUGAACAGUUUCCAAUCUAAUUGGUUGAACAUUUUCCAAUAAAACUGUUCAACCAAUUAGAUUUUACAGUAUUUUUUAUAAUUGGUUGAAUGAUUUUAAAAUAUAUAUUUAAAAAUACUUUUAGAGAAAAAUAAAUUUCUUAAUCUUUAUGUACUAACUCAAAACAUCAUAUAUUAUGAAACGGAAUGAGUAUAAUUUAAAUAGAUUUAAACAACAUAUUUAUAUUUGUAAUAUAGACAAAAAAUAAUUCAUGAAUGCAGAGAAUAAUUAUUCUCAAAGAGUU